GUGUCUGAGGCAAUUGAAUGGAAUGAACCACUCUGUAGUAACAGAGUUUGUUUUCCUGGGACUCACCAAUUUAUGGGAGAUUCAGCUUCCCCUUUUUGUUUUUUCCUUUUUGUUCUACUCUGCAAGCAUGAUGGGAAACUUUAUCAUUGUGUUCACGGUAACAUUCGAUGAUAAUCUGCAUUCCCCCAUGUAUUUCCUCCUGGCUAACCUGUCUAUCAUUGAUAUGGUAUUUUGCUCAAUAACAGCCCCUAAAAUGAUUUGCGAUAUUUUCAAAAGGCACAAGGCCAUCUCCUUUUGGGGAUGUAUUACCCAGAUCUUCUUUAGUCAUGCUGUUGGGGGCACUGAGAUGGUGUUGCUCAUAACCAUGGCCUUUGACAGGUAUGUAGCCAUAUGUAAGCCUCUCCACUAUCUGACCAUUAUGAGCCCACGAAUGUGUCUGUUUUUUUUAAUCACUUCCUGGAUCAUUGGCUUUAUUCAUUCAGCGGUUCAACUAGUUUUUGUGAUAGAUUUGCCCUUUUGUGGUCCUAAUAUAUUGGACAGUUUUUACUGUGACCUUCCCCGGCUCCUCAGACUAGCCUGUACAGACACUCAUGGAUUAGAGUUCAUGGUCAACAUCAAUAGUGGACUCAUUUCUGUGGGCUCCUUUGUCUUAUUGGUUAUUUCCUAUAUCUUCAUUCUGUUCACUGUUUGGAAACAUUCUUCAAGUGGUUCAGCCAAGGCCCUUUCUACUCUAUCAGCUCACAUAACUGUGGUGGUCUUGUUCUUUGGACCAUUAAUGUUUUUCUAUACAUGGCCUUCUCCAACAUCACACUUGGAUAAGUAUCUUGCUAUUUUUGAUGCAGUUCUCACACCUUUUCUGAAUCCAGUCAUCUAUACACUCAGAAACAAAGAAAUGAAAGUGUCAAUGAAGAGAGUGCACAGUUGGCUUGCCAAUUACAGAAAGAUUUCAUAA